CCCAUACGCCUUCAUCGCCUCCUACCUACCAUUCCCGUCGACUAUCGAAGUCGUAUUGCAAUCCUCUGCUGGACUUCGACAAUCGCGUCGAGCUUCUGCACAUUCUCACUCUACACACGCUUCCACCGGUCCGCGGCCAAGGAUCCUCUUCUGAGCAAGCCAAUCUCCGGAGCUCUGAUUGCUCGUGGUUCCGUGUGCCUCGAUACGUAGAUCUCCAGCUGUAGAGCAUACUCGCCCGUCAUGAAGGGUAUCACCAAGUUCGCCAAGAGGACUCCCCACCUCCUCACCACCCGGGUGGGCAUGGCCUCAAAGUCCCACGAUGCUGCGUUUGACGACCUCAACCGGCGAUUUACAGCCAUUGAGAAGUAUACCGAGAAGCUGGUCAAGGACUCGACGAGCUUCAGGGAUGCUGUCAAGAGUAUGCUGCUCUCGGGCGCAGCGUUCGGCACUUCCUUCUCGGAUCUCUUUCACCCGAUUGGAAGCGAGUACGAUCUCGAGGGAAAGCACCCAGAGUCUGUCAACACCAUUGCGGAGCUCCAGAAUUAUCAGCUCAUGAUGGAAGAGCUGAGAGAGACUCUCACACCUGAGAUUGAGCUCAUCGACUCGCGCGUAGUGGCUCCAUCGAAGGAGUUCGAGGGAGUACUGAAGGCGAUCAGGAAGAACAUCACCAAGCGAGACCACAAGCUGGUAGACUACGAUCGUAUCAACAAUAGCUUCACGAAGCUCAAGGAGAAGAAGGAGAAGACGUUGAAGGAUGAGCAGAGUCUCUUCAAGCUGGAGCAGGAGUACGAGGCGGCAACUGCUGACUAUGAAUACUACAACAACGCCAUGAAGGAGGAACUGCCUAUCUUCUUCGACAAGGUCAAGGCUCUCAUGGCUCCUCUCUUCCACAGCUUCUACUAUAUGCAGUUGAAUGUCUUCUAUCUGACACUUGACAAGAUCCAGACCUUUGCUGACGGCAAGUACGACUUGUCAAAUGCCACUCCGGAAAGCGUGGAGCAGCGCUACGCCGACAUGUUGACGGAUGCUGCAGAGAGGCUGGAGGCACUGACGAUCAGGAAGCCAGCUGCACCCAGCGCGCGAGUGUUGACAACAGCCGGCCGUACUCCGGGUCUCAACUCGUCGGCAUCGUCAUCGAAAGCGACGGGUCUGGCGGCUGGCGCACCUUCCCGUACAGGCACUCUAGGCAGCCUCGGUAGGACACCCUCGUCCUCCGCUGCACCUCCCUCUUACUCUGGUUCUCCCUCUUCUGCGGCAAAGAAGGCUCCUCCGCCUCCACCUCCGACAAAGCCCAAGCCAGGAGCCCUGGCGCCACGCGACUAUGUGAUAGCCCUGUACGACUAUACUGCGCAGGCCGAUGGCGAUCUGAGCUUCACGGCUGGAGAGCGCAUCGAGGUCACGGAGAGGACGGCGAGUACGGAUGAUUGGUGGACGGGCGUGGGAAGCAAUGGGCAAAAGGGCAUCUUCCCUGGAAAUUAUGUCCGAGAUGAGUAAGGGGUGAGGGGAUUAGAGGAGUAGGGCCGUCGGGAGGCAAGACAGUAGCGACCCUGAUGGCUAGACGAGAGGGACUCGAGCCAUCGGAUGAAGCUGAGCCUCGUUUGUAGCUUCCGUAGACGACUGACCCUGGGGCAAGAAGAGCAGCACCGGCACGCUCCGAUCUACCUUUGAGGUCACGCUG